AUGGACGUGAAAGAGAUCAAGUCGACUGUUUCCAACUUGGAGAAGUCCAGCGACGAUGCCACGAUAUUGAAGCUUUUGAAUAUCCUCAACGACGGCAUCCAGCCCACCGAAAAGCUCUUACGAGAGACCAAAGUCGGUGUAGCUGUGAACAAGUACAGAUCCAAUGGGAACGGCGAAAUCAGCACGUUGGUGAAGAAGAUGAUCAAGAAAUGGAAGGAGGUUGUUCAGAACGAAAAGAACGCCAAGAAGGCCCAGGCCAAGGACGUUUCUUCAUCCAACAACUCUGGCUCAGCGACCCCAGCCAGACCAGCUGCUGGUUCGACUGGAGGCAAGUUCCACAACGGGCCCAGAAACCCCAAGACUGAUGGCGUAGACACCACUAUCUAUGACGACUCUACACGUAACGCCUCUGUCAGCGCGUUGUACACGGCGUUGGCGAUAGAAAGAGACGAUGACUCCAAGACGAUAGUCAAUGUCGCCGUCAAGAUAGAGAGCGAGGUGUUUGCUGAAGAGUACAGCAAGGUGAAUGAUGGGUACAGAAACAAGUUGCGGACGCUUACGAUGAACUUGCGGAACAAGAAGAACCCAGACUUGCGGGCUAACUUGUUGACAGGAUCGUUGAAACCAAACAAGUUCAUCAAGAUGUCCCCCAACGAAAUGGCCCCAGAGGCCUUGAGACAGGAAAUGGAGAAGUUACACAAGCAGAAUCUCUUCGAUGCCCAAGGAGCUACGGAAAAAAGAGCAGUUACAGAUAGAUUCACGUGUGGAAAGUGUAAGCACAAGAGGGUCAGUUACUACCAGAUGCAAACUAGAUCAGCCGAUGAGCCUUUGACGACGUUUUGUACUUGUGAAAACUGUGGCAACCGCUGGAAGUUUUCUUAG